GAGGGGCGGGGCGGGAACGGGGCGGGACGGCCGCACCUAGCUCUGGGCUUCCAGCCCGGCCCGCCCUCUACCCUCGGCGCUCCUCAAAAGGGGCGCGGGCGGCGGACGGCGGACGGCGGCGCCGUCGGGGCUGGGGUGCGGCCGCCAUGGACCCGUGGCCGUGGCUGACGGCGGCGCUGCUGCUGCUGUUGCUGCUUGUGCAGCUGAGCCGCACAGCCAGGUUCUACGCCAAGGUCGGUCUCUACUGCGUGCUCUGCGUGUCCUGCUCCGCCGCGGCCUCGAUCGUCUGCCUGCUGCGCAACGGCGGCCGCACCGUGGAUAACAUGAGCAUCAUCAGCAGGUUCGUCCGGUCCUUCAAGUACGUGUAUGGCCUUCGCUUUGAGGUCAGUGGACAGAAGAAGCUGGAGGUAGAUGGUCCCUGCGUCAUCAUCUCUAAUCACCAGAGCAUCCUGGACAUGAUGGGUCUCAUGGAAAUACUCCCUAAGCGCUGUGUACAGAUCGCCAAACGUGAGCUAAUGUUCACAGGGCCCGUGGGCCUCAUCAUGUACCUUGGGGGUGUCUACUUCAUCAACCGGCAGCAAGCCAGAACUGCUAUGUCCGUGAUGGCCGACCUGGGUGACCUCAUGGUCAAGGAGAACCUCAAAGUGUGGAUCUACCCGGAGGGCACGCGCAACGACAAUGGGGACCUGCUGCCCUUUAAAAAGGGCGCCUUCUACUUGGCUAUCCAGGCCCAGGAAAGGGCUCCCCACCAGCUCAGCCCCUACCACUCGGACAGGUUGGUGGCCACUGGCAGCUCUAAGAGCUUGAACACCAGCCUCCCCACACUCUAGCUGCCCAGGUAGGUAGCCCCCUUCAUUUAGGGGUUCAUGGAAAGUGGAGGUGGGCGGCCAGUGGGUGGUCAGUGUACUAAGGCAGAUGUGCCUUGAAGCCCCCUGAUGCCCUGGCCCUGGGCUUUGACCAUAGCGAGGCUAGGAGUGGGCACAGGCUAAGGCAAACCCAGUUCUGAGUAGUACCCAUGACCUUUGUCCUGGACCCUGGACUUCCCUUGCCCUUAGCCUGUGGUAGGGGAAGGAAGUGUGUAUCCCUGAGUGUCUGCCAUGCCCCUCGUCCCAGCUGUGUGGGGAAAGCAGCCACUGGGUGGACAGGGGAAGGAAUUUUACCCUGCUGUACCCAAGCCUAUACAAGGUGGCAUGUACCGUUCCCCUGGGGUUCCCUUCGGUUCCAGGGGGGUUGGGAAACUCAGGCUGGAACAGGAGACUGCACUGUGACCUCUGAUCUGUCUAGUGACCAGGUGGUCCUUGGGCCUGGGAUUGAAGUCAUGGUCUUCCUUGGCUUUGAGGUAUUGGUAAAUUCUUGGGAAAGAGAAAAACUAGGGGCUGUGGUGAGGGCAGAAGAAUCCAGACCUAUCGUUUCCUGCCCCUCCCCCAGGGCCUGACUAGGGUGCAGCCUACCUGCGUUCUUGCCCAGGCUUUGGCGCCCAGGGUUAAUUAUUACCCCCAGUACCGCCUGCUCCCACUGGAGUUGACCCUGGGGCCUUCCAGGAAUGCCAACAGGCCCCAGCCCCUCUCCACUAGUUUCCUGGGGAUGGGGUGGGAGGGCAGAGAAGGGUCCAUCCUCCACCUUCCCAGUGCUAUGAAGCCCCUCACUACGAUUUCUAGGAUAUUUUAUGACCCAGCCAGGGGUUGGGGGGGCAUAACAAACAAGUACUAGCCCAGGGGGCUUCCUGGAGGAGGUGGUGUGGCAAAUGGGAUGAGUCUGUGGCACUUCAGGCCACCUGGGCGGAGGCCAGGCACAGCUCCCUGUGCUGCUGUCCUGCAGCUUGAUCCCUGUCUGCAGGUGCCCAUCAUCCCUGUGGUGUACUCCUCUUUUUCUUCCUUCUACAAUGUCAAGACGAAGCUCUUCACCUCAGG